CGUCCUGUCAUCCCGCGCUGCGCACUUCCCCACGCGUGGGUCACAGUUUGCCCUUUCCAGCCCUGUCAUGGAGGCGUCCGGAGUGUAAACAUCUGGACAGAAGCAAAUAAAGCUGACGGAUGUUUUUAGGAUAAUAACAGCUAGCACUUUGUUAACCAGAGGACUUUUUGUCUGGUUGCAAAUGGAAGCCGAGGGUUUGGUUCGCAGGAGGCGGAUGAGCGCUGAGCCGCCAGGUGCAGAUGGCGCGGUGGCAGGAGCUUCCGCCGGGGCAGAAGUGCGCUGGCUCGGUGGCAGGAUCUGGCCUCUGUCCGAGGGCAUAGUGGGCAGUCUGACACCACGGAUAGGAGGCGAGACCGAACUUAACGCGGUGCAGCUGCAUGGCUUGCAGGAGGCGACUGAAAUCUCGGAAACGGACUAUGAAGGUCUACCUCAAGGAGCUUCUACCAGCACGUACAUGUUAGCCGGGGCCGUGGCGGGGAUCAUGGAGCACUGUCUCAUGUUCCCUAUCGACUGUGUAAAGACCCGCAUGCAGAGUUUGCAACCUGAUCCAGCUGCCCGUUACCGCAACGUAAUGGACGCUCUGUGGCGCAUCAUGAGGACUGAGGGCAUCUGGCGGCCAAUGAGAGGCUUGAAUGUCACGGCAGUGGGGGCAGGGCCCGCCCAUGCACUCUACUUUGCCUGCUACGAGAAGCUGAAAAAGACUCUCAGUGAUGUCAUCCACCCAGGAGCCAACAGUCAUUUGGCGAAUGGAACUGCAGGAUGCGUGGCCACACUGCUUCACGACGCCGCCAUGAACCCAGCUGAAGUGGUAAAGCAAAGGAUGCAGAUGUAUAACUCGCCAUAUCGGAGUGUGCUGGAGUGCAUGCGCUGCAUCUGGCAACAGGAAGGUGCCAAGGCAUUUUACCGCAGCUAUACCACACAGCUCACCAUGAACGUGCCAUUCCAGGCGCUGCACUUCAUCACCUACGAGUACCUUCAGGAGAUGCUCAACCCCCACAGACUGUACAACCCCUCCUCCCAUAUGAUUUCGGGAGCUUUAGCCGGGGCGGUGGCUGCUGCCGCCACCACACCGCUGGAUGUGUGUAAGACACUGCUAAACACACAGGAGACCCUGACACUGCAUUCGGUGAGCCCGGGUCGAGCACACAUCUCGGGCAUGGCCCAUGCCUUCAGGACAGUGUACAGGCUGGGCGGCCUGCCUGCCUACUUCAAAGGUGUGCAGGCUCGUGUCAUCUACCAGAUGCCCUCUACAGCCAUCAGCUGGUCUGUUUACGAGUUCUUCAAGUACGUCAUCACCGAGCAUCAACUCAAGCGUCUCAGAAUGCAAAGGGACGGAGAGUAGACACUUAUUUUUCAAUGCCUAACCCUGCCCUCGAUUAGCAACUUCCCUGGCCUUGAUUUUCUCUGUCUCUUGCUGUCUCUCAUGUUUGCUGCACCACCAAUGAGACAUGCAUGCUGCAGAAAGAUGGAGAGACGUAGCCGCUCACACGCACACUUGUCUGGGCUUGUUUUUGCUCAGGAGAUACCCUGUACCCUUCUGUCUAUUUUUCUCUCGCACAAUCUCCACCACUACAUCACAUACAGGGAUAGACUGGGUGGACAUUAGAACAAUUAUUUAUACCCACAGUUGCACCAUCAUUUCAGCCCAAAUGUGAUUAUUCUUGGUCCCACCAGAGGGCGUCAGAAGCCUCUACUAGAUAGAAAAAUAAUAUUUAAAAAGUUGCUAAUUAGAGGAAGGGCUUUUGAAAUUCAGCGACAUAGAAUAGAAAUCUGUGCUAUGUAGCGUUCUCCCAGCUAAGAUAUAAUAAUGUAUUUGAGUAUAUAUUUUUGAAAAUUUAGCACAGGUAAAAAUAAAAGAGAAAAGAAAAAAAAUGAAAGAAAACAUUUAGACCAAAUAACAUGAAAGAUGAAUAGUGGUCAGAGCUAGAAAAAAAAUGGACUUUUCAUAACAACUGGGUUUAAGGUUAAAUCAUUGUUUUACAUUUAAAAUAUAUUCUGAAAGAAUUCUGAAUUACCAUCCUGGGUUUUGAGUUUUUCUGAGCAUUUGAGAAAACAUGACUAGGAAUAAAUGUAAUUGGAAGAAUUGCCAUACACUUCUGCAUUCAUUAUCUGUAAGCUGCAUGGAAAGCAAUAACAGUGUUUAAUAAUUAGAAUAUCAUUCUAAUUUCUCCAACUAUUCUGCACUGAUUAAUAUUGAAGGCCAUUUAACUGAUAAUGUUGCGAUUACUGUAAUAUACAUUUACUGUAAUCUGAGUGGUUGUAAGCAGAAGAAUAUCAUGGCCGCUGUAAAACAUCAUAGAUGGUUUUUAACUGUUUUUUUUUAUUGCCUCAUGAGUUGCUUCACCACUGUUUAAUGUUGAUAAGUUAUGAAGUCUGUCAUUUUGGCAUUUGUCUAUGCUCUACCCUGUUCCCAGCUUUCAAAUAAAGUAGCAGUGCAGUGAGUACUGCUUGCAUAACAAGAA